UCCCUUCUUCUUCUCUCUUCUCUUCUCUUUUCUCUUCGUGCUUCCUUCUCUUCUGUUUACCUACCUACACACAUACAUACACACAUACACACAUACACACAUACACACAUACUACCCAAGUAUUCUUAUGAUCUGAUCUGCUCUGAUCUGAUUUGAUCUGCUUUCGCGAAACAAACUUAUUGGUUGAUUGUCUGUUUGUUUAUUUUGGUCUCUCUUCGUGACUUGCAUCCGAAUUGGUUCACGCACGCUUGAAUUUUCUCCUGCUUGAUUUAUUGUGUGGGAAAAUAAUAUUUCGUUUACCUUACCCUUAAGGAUCUUACUUUACCCUACCUACCUGCCUACCUACCGACCUACCUACAUACCUACAUACCUACAUACCUACAUUACCUCACGAAAAUCUUCAUAAAAGACGAUUGAUCAAUUGUUGGGCGCUUAAAACCUUCAUAAAAUAUCAAAGCAGGUUUCCGACUUUCCGAUACCGAUACCGACAUCGACGUACCAACGAACGUACUGCACUGCGCGCACUGUAUUCCAAACUCCACUUUCUCACUCCUCCACCUUCACGAAAGGACGCGACUUGACUUGAUCAAUUUUCUUCCUUCCUGCCACCACAUUUUUUGAAACGCCUCCUACGAAAUAUUGCUUCAUAACAAUUAUUAACGUGGUUCAAAUCUUGAGAAAUCAUUUAUUCAAUUACUCAUUCACUCAAUCUCAUUACAAAAAGUGAUAUACAUUUCACGACAAGGAAGGAAUUGAAGAUACAAACAUUCGAAAAACAAAACAGAUCGCAGUCAUGACUUCGCAUAUGCCAAUGGGAAUAGCAAGACAACCAUUCGCACCAUUGAAUAGUUCACGUCUACAGAAUAUUACUAGUGUUAAGAAUCGUCAAAACGGUAUGCUAAAGUUCCACUUCACUAGAUACCUACCUAGUAACAGUUGUUUUUCUCAACUGUUGCUAGGUAUUCACUGUUUCUCGUUGACCUUGUAUAAUAUACCUAUGAAUGUUAAACUCAUACUCUUCAGCUCUAUCACCAAAUCCUACAUCCCCCUCUAAGCGGAAAGCAACCACAUACGAAUCUGAUGAUGAUUCGGAAAAUGUUGAUCCUCUUACCUUCGGAUCUCCCAAACGAUCCAAAGCUGUUGAUGCGGCUAAAGACAGUUUUUCAGAACCUACACACUUCUUCCUAAUCAAUGCACCACCAUCUCCCACUGACGCGGCGCUUUCCUCUCCUCUGAAACCUACCAAGCCCAUCAACCAGCGAAAUAUUCUCCAACCUCGUUCUCAAACACCAAAAGUCACCACCUCUGUAACAAAAUCUACACCCCUUACGGCUCCUGCAGGUCGUUCCCCAACCAGAAAACGCGUCGGAAUCCUCAAUAAUCGUCGUCGUACUUUCACCCCAAUAACUAGCGUUGAUCCACCAAAAUUCUCCACUCCAAAACCAAGCGGUCUUAGCUUUUCAAUUGAUGCUGCUCUCUCUGGAACCAUUCCUUCAUAUGGUGCACGUCAACCUCAACGUCAAGCCCUCUCCUCCAAAUCUAUUUCUACCUCGUCAUCGAAAUCUUAUGCCUCUCGUAGGGAAAUUCCCGCCUCUCUUCAUGCAUCCGAAAGUAAAUCAUCCUGGUUCUUUCAAAUCCAUGAGGAUACCGAAGAAGAACUCGCAACCAAUCUUAUGGAACACAGUACAUGUACUCUCGAUAUUUCAUCAGAUGAAGAAUCGCUUACUAGAAUGAGAGAUGAAAGAGGCAAGGAAAACGUUCCACCUCUAGAUGAUAUUUCUCAAACUCGUACUUCGAUGAAUACUUUCGCUUCAAGUUCCUCUACUUCUUCAUCUAUGUCUCGUAGAGAUGAAAUGGAGAUUAGAGAGAUGAAAUUGAAAGUCAAGAUGCAAAGGAAACGAAGGGAAAUGGAGGAAGGGGUUAUUGAUGUUGAUAGAUCUCCAUUGGGAGAGAUGAGAAAAGAGGAUUUCUAUGGUGAAGGUUGUGAUGAGAAGAGCGUUUUCGUUAUUCUUCCAGAUCCUGAACCGCAGGUGUUGGUGGAGGACGAAGCUGAGGAGGUGAUCGAGGGUCCUUCGGAACAGGAAGAACAAAUCUCUGAACCUACGACAAUCACAUCCGACAAAGGAAAAGGUAAGGGAAUUGAUAUUGAUUUCCUUGUGCAAAAGAAAAUAGUUGAACCCAUUGAACAACCCGAAGCAGAUUUUGUUGUUUGGGAAAGUGGAAGUGCAAAGGAUGAAAAUGAGUAAUUGGAUAGGGGAUUGUGUAUGAGUAAUGACUUACGCGUGUAUGAAUUUUUCAAGGCGUUUUAGGAUGGAACUUCAUUGAAUGGGUUUAAUGGAUUGAGUUGGUUUGAUUGUAUAUUGAUGGAUGGGUGGCCGGAUCGCUUGAUUAUAUAUAUGUUUUUUUAACAAAACGUCUGUUUUUUGGUUUGGGAUAUUUUGGGAGUGUUAUUAGUAUUGAUGGCAUUAGUAGAAAAGCUUUUGGAAUAAAAGUCUUUCAAUUGAUCUAUUAUUUAUCAUCUAUAUGAUGCAAGAUAUAUUAUUUAUUUAG